CGCCCCACACGUCGCACUCGCAAUUUUGCAACCCUAACGCCUCAAGAGAGACUUGCUUCAUCCCCCUCCACCAACUCCGUCCUCCAGUCUUUUCAUCGCCAAAAAUCAUCCAUCAUGGGUAAGGUUCACGGCUCUCUCGCCCGUGCCGGUAAGGUCAAGGCCGCCACUCCUAAGGUUGAGCCCCAGGAGAAGAAGAAGAACCCCAAGGGCCGCGCCUACAAGCGUGUCCAGUACACUCGCCGUUUCGUUAAUGUUACCAUGACCGGUGGCAAGCGCAAGAUGAACCCCAACCCCGGCAACUAAGCUGGUGC